AUGGAGCUCCUCGUGCCGUUGGUUAUCGGUCAGAUCCUUCGUAUCAGCGGCUAUGUCGCUGCGAUUGCCCUCGUCUCGGUGGUGAUGAACCUGAUUCACCAGCUAUUCUUCUACAAACGUAACGAGCCUCCUGUGGUUUUCCAUUUGUUCCCCUUCAUCGGAAGUACUAUCAGCUAUGGCAUGGAUCCAUACAAGUUCUUCUUCUCGUCUCGUGAGAAGUACGGCGAUAUCUUCACUUUCAUCUUACUCGGCAAGAAAAUUACAGUUUUUCUCGGGACCGAGGGAAACGAAUUCAUCCUGAAUGGAAAACUCAAGGAUGUCAACGCCGAAGAAGUCUACGGCAAACUGACAACACCCGUCUUCGGCUCCGAUGUGGUCUACGACUGUUCCAACUCCAAGCUGAUGGAGCAGAAGAAGUUCAUCAAAUUCGGCCUCAGCCAAGAAGCCCUAGAGUGUUACGUGCCCCUAAUCGAAGAAGAAGUCAACCAAUACAUCAAAACCUCCGGGAAAUUCAAAGGUCCAACCGGCACAAUCGACCUCGCCAGCGUGAUGGCUGAAAUCACAAUCUUCACAGCCGGUCGUACCCUCCAAGGCUCCGAAGUCCGCGCAAAGCUGACCUCCGAAUUCGCCGACCUUUACCACGACCUAGACCUAGGAUUCUCACCCAUCAACUUCAUGCUGCCCUGGGCACCACUUCCUCACAAUCGCAAGCGAGACACUGCCCACGCACGCAUGCGCGAGAUCUAUCUCGAGAUCAUCCGCGAGCGGCGCAACUCCGGCGAGCAGGAUACCCAAGCUAAAGACAUGAUCUGGAACCUGAUGCGCUGCGUCUACCGCGACGGACAUAAAAUUCCGGACAAGGAGAUCGCGCACAUGAUGAUCACACUUCUGAUGGCUGGACAACACUCCUCGUCGGCGAUUAGCUGCUGGAUCAUGCUGCGGCUAGCUUCCCAGCCGGAGAUGACCGAGAAGUUGUACGCCGAGCAGAUCAACGCCCUAGGCGCAGACCUGCCCCAGUUGGAAUUCGCUCAUUUGGAGAAACUCCCCUUGCACGCUCAUGUCAUAAAAGAGACUCUCCGCAUUCACUCAUCUAUCCACACCCUCAUGCGUAAGGUCAAGAACCCCCUUCCCGUACCUGGAACUCCCUAUGUCAUUCCUACAACCCACACGCUCCUUUCAUCGCCCGGUGUCACUGCGCGCGAUGAGCGCUUCUUCAAAAACGCUAUGACCUGGGACCCGCACCGGUGGGAGUUGCGCGUUGAAGAGGAAGAAGGCGAUACGGUGGAUUAUGGGUAUGGUGCUGUGUCAAAAGGCACGCGGAGUCCGUAUUUGCCGUUUGGGGCAGGGCGGCAUAGGUGUAUUGGGGAGAAGUUUGCGUAUCUGAAUUUGACGGUUAUUGUUGCGACGCUCGUGAGAGAGUUUCGAUUUUUCAAUCCCGAGGAGAGAAAUGGAGUACCGGAGACGGAUUAUUCGUCGCUCUUUUCUCGUCCGAUGCAGCCGGCUACGGUGCGGUGGGAACGCCGUGGGGAGUGA